AAACGAGUGGCGUAAAUGUCACACGAUGCAAGUGACAGUGUAACCGUAAUACAAACAAACCCAACAAAAAGAGAGAACAUGUCUUCCUCGUCCCAUUGUUGUUAUCUGCUAACAACACCAAUCAUCACCAAUGUCUCUCUCUAUCUCUAGCUUUUCCACUCUCACCCCCACGCUUCCCUCUUUCAGAUUCAAAGUCUCCGCCAUGGUUUCCACCGUCACCACCACUAAAGUAGUCCCCGCCGUCAUUGUCGGCGGCGGAAGAGUUGGAAAGGCUUUACAAGACAUGGGAGAAGGCCAAGACGUUCUUGUCAAACGUGGAGAUUCGAUUCCUCUUGAUUUUGAAGGUCCUAUUUUGGUUUGUACUAGGAAUGAUGAUCUUGAUUCUGUUCUUCAAACCACUCCUCUUUCCAGAUGGAACGAUUUGGUGUUUUUCCAGAAUGGAAUGUUGGAACCGUGGCUAGAGAGUAAAGGUUUGAAGGAAGGGAAUCAAGUGUUGGCGUAUUUUGCAGUGUCGAAACUUGGAGAGUCUCCUAUUGAUGGUAAGACGGAUACCAAUCCUGAAGGAUUGACGGCUGCUUAUGGCAAGUGGUCUUCGGCUGUUUCUGAAAGAUUAGUAGCUGGAGGCCUCUCUUGCAAGGUUCUGGAGAAGGAAGCAUUUCAGAAGCAGAUGUUAGAAAAGCUCAUAUGGAUUUGUUCUGUCAUGCUCGUUGGAGCACGUCACGGAGGGGUUUCUGUUGGUAUCGUGGAAAAGGAAUUCCGCUCUGAGUUAUGUAGCCUGAUAACAGAGCUAGCAUCAGCAGCAGCAAGUGAAAAGGGGUUAACAUUUGAAGAAGCCAUGGAAGACAGAUUGUGCGCGUAUUCCCGAGCUGUUGCUCAUUUUCCCACAGCAGUGAAGGAGUUCAAAUGGAGGAAUGGUUGGUUUUAUUCUCUUUCUGAGAAAGCUACCUCCCAAGGCAAGCAGGAUCCAUGUCCUCUACAUACUCAAUGGCUAAGAGAAUUGAAAGUUGUAUAAAAGUUGAAGUUGAAGUCUCAUCUGUCACUAGGUUACCAGCUUCCAAAGAGUAUAUAUAUUAUGUAUCUGAUAGACUUCUCAUCAUCAUCCGUUUGCAUUGUUUGCAUUAUUUUAUAGGUAGUUAAAAUUCAACUGGUAUAAACUAACAAAGAUAACAUUACAACUUUUCAUUCAUUUGCUUCAACUGUAACAUUGCAAUUGCUACAAAUGUUACAAUUACAAAAACAAAUCAACCAAAAAUCAAAAGUAA